AACACACGUUGUGUGCAGUGGUGGAUGGGGCUGCUGCCGGUGUCCUGCGGAAGGAUCUUCCAGCGUUGGAAGAUGCAUGUCAGUGCCGAUCGACAAAGGAGCUCGCACCAGCUACGCUCCGCGGUGGCAAUUCGCAUGACAUGGCGCUGCUUUGUGAACGUGGGUCGGCGGCAUGUCGCCGUUCCAUCUGCGACUUGCAUGGGUACGACCACGUUUUUAUUCCGAGGCGGAAUUCGACAUACAAACAUCAUGUACAAAUGAAUGGGUUUUUUUUAUUUGGUGCCAGGACAGGCGACGGCGAUGUGUGUGUGUGUAUGCCGCUCCACGAUGUUGCAUUGUCAAAUCUGGCGGCAUGAAGGUCAAGGUGCCGCUGCCGGACGGGUUCUUCAUCACGCCACCGCUGUCGGAGAACCUCCGUCACGAAUACAUUCGCCAGGGCCAGCGUUCUCUUAUCGAUUUCGUCGAGAAGACGCGACUACGCGGCGGUCCGAUCCAGUGGACGUUGGACCACACACAUCACAACGUGACGGUCUACCGCGGCAAGGACAUGACGUUGCCAAGCGGACACCGCACGGUGUACUUGAACAUGACAGAGGUGCAGGCGACGCUAGACGAAGCGGCGUCUAUCAUGAGUGCUGGGGCCGACGGCCGCCGAGACUACUGCGCGACGUACCACAAGGACCAUGUCGUGGACCUCAAGACGCUGUACCCGCUGGCCGUGCCGACGCCAUCGCACCCACACAACUCGAUCGCAAUCAAAUGGCGCGCUGUGUCGAUCAAUACCCCGCUCAUCAAGCUCCGCGACAUGGUGUUUAUGGAGUACUGCGACGACUUUACGAUUGACGGGAUCCAAGGAUUCGGUCGGUGCAUGACUUCCAUUGAUAUGGGCAGCAUCGUGCCAGACCUGCAGAAGUCGCUUGGCAUGGUUCGGAGCCACUUGUGGGUCGGCGGCGACAUCUUUCUCGACCACCGGGACCGCGACGGGUACCUGACUGUGCUUCGCAUGUAUCAGCAAGACGCCAAGGGGGCACUCAAGCCGUGGCUCGUCGACCGAUUCGCCAAGCACAGGAUGUCGCAAUGCAUGGCGUCCCUCGACCGCAACUUUCGGCGCGAGCGCGUCCUCGCCUUCCUCUCGACCUGCCUCCCCCAACACGACAUGAUUCCGACAAGCGCCCGAUCGCACUGCGCGCUGUGCAUGGCAAAAUUCAACCACAUUUUCCGCAAGUCGCACUGCCGCAAGUGCGGCGACGUCGUUUGCACGAAAUGCAACCCGUUGUGGGACGUCGACGUGCAUGACCCUUCCUGCCACGACAACGACCAGACAGUCCCGUGGCAGCGACGCCAUCCAUCCGCCCAGCGGAUGGUUCGCAUGUGCAUCGCAUGCACGUCGUUGCCAUCGUGCCGGGGGCUGCUGCACUCGAUGAAAACGUCACGGACUGCCACGUCGGACGACGAAGCGGUCCUGAGCCAGGACAAACGCCGCGGCAAUUCGAGGAACACGCCGUCGUCGCAGUCGACUACUCGACGCCAACAGGAUCGUCGCCAUCCCGUCCAGACAGCGCCACCACCGACGGGGUUUCAAAUCAAACGCAGCGCCCGUGCGCAAUCGAACGGAUCGGACUUUCCAUACGUUCUCACGGCGGCCGACGUGGGUCGACGGUGGCAAGAAGGCGGCCCGUUGGAAUCCCCACGCGAGACAUCGAAUGCGUCGUCCGCCUCGGUCAUUCUACUCCACGACCUCGACGACGAUGCAUCCCCCGGCCAACUCCGACUGCUCCUCGAUCACUUGAAGACACUCGAAGUGGACCGGCGCGACGAACCCCACGAUGACAACGACACAGACAAACCCAUCUACCUUGUGGACGAUGCAGAAGUGGGAUGCCAGGACUGCCCAGGGACGACGCCCGAACCGAUUGUGUGGUGCUGACGUGCUCCAUCGUGAUGCGAGCGACGAUGGCGCAUCAGCACCUCGCGCCAACGACGACAUGUAGACGAGCGAGGCGAGUGCUUUGAGUGCUAGUGGAGGGUGACGCGGCAUGCAAUCGGAAUCGUGCGUUAACCGAGGUCGAGUUGCCAGCAG